GUCCGUCUCUCUUCAUUCUCCUCUACUUUUAUGUUUUGUAAUAAUAAUAAACGAAACUUGAUAUUUUUAGUUAUAAUAACAAAUCGAUAUUCUCAUAGAAAAACAAAAACAGAAAAAUAUUCGCAAAGCAGAAGUAAUAAACAACAAAAAGAUUCUUUAGCGCUAAAAAUGAUAAAGAUAUCAUUAAUCCAAAUUAUUUUAACGGUAGAGGUCGUUCUAACUGAUUUCAACAUCACUGUUUUGCACACAAAUGAUGUACACUCUAGAAUUGAAGAACUUAAUGCUUUUGGUGGGAGAUGUGAGGAUGAAAACAUUACUUUAAAAAAAUGUUUUGGUGGUGUAGCGAGGAGACACACGAUGAUAAAAACAAUCAGAAAAAACUCAAUCAAUACAAUUUUACUUGAUGGUGGAGAUCAAUUUCAAGGAACAUCAUGGUUUGGAAUAUACAAAGGUAUUGAAGCUGCAACUUUUAUGAAUCACGAUAACUACGAUGCAAUGACACUUGGUAAUCAUGAAUUUGAUAAUGGCGUUGAAGGGAUAAUUCCUUUUAUUAUCAAUGUAACAUUCCCCAUUCUUUCUGCAAAUAUGGAUGUUAGUAAUGUUACUGAUUGGCCAAAGAACUCCACAUUUGCAAAGUCUAAAGUGUUUCAAAGAAAUGGUGUAAAAAUUGGCGUUAUUGGAUACAUUACUCCUGACACAAAAUGGUUGUCCAGGCCUGGUCCAAACAUCACUUUUUAUAAUGUAAUAGAAUCUGUGCGCAAAGAAGCACAUCAUUUAGAAUCAAAAGGUGUUAAAAUUAUCAUAGCCUUGGGUCAUGCUGGUUUUGAAACAGAUAUAUCGGUUGCAAGAGAAGUAAAAGAACUAGAUGUUGUUGUUGGUGGACAUACAAAUACUUUUUUAUAUACAGGUAAACCACCAUCAAUUGAUCCUGCUGAUGGUCCUUAUCCAUAUGUUUUUAACAGGUCAGAUGGAUCAAAGGUUUUGAUAGUACAAGCAUUUACAUUUGGAAAGUACCUCGGAAAGCUUGAUGUAGUUUUUAAUGAUAAUGGAGUAGCUACAACGUGGUCAGGUAACCCAAUACUCCUUGAUCAUUCUGUGGCUGAAGAUCCCUUGGUUAAAGAAAUGGUUGAAAAAAUGAAAAAGGGAAUGAAAGAUAGACUAAUACCUAUUGGAACAACAUUAGUUUAUUUAAAUGGAGUAAAACCAUUGUGCAGAAUUCAGGACUGCAAUUUGGGAAAUUUGGUAGCUGAUGCUGUUAUGAAAUUAAACACAAGUAGUAAUGGCAUAUCUUUUGAGACACCUGAUGCCUCUAUAUGGAAUGCUGGUGGCUUGAGGUCAUCUAUAUCAAAAAAAAGAAAUGAAACGAUCACUUUAGAAGAUAUUUACACAGUUCUUCCGUUUGGUAACACAGCACAGAUUGCCCUCAUAACUGGAAAUGUUUUAAAAAAAGUUUUUGAAUGGUCUGUUUCUGGUUUAAAUGAGCAUGCUGGAAGAUAUUUGCAAGUAUCUGAGUUAAAAGAUGAUUUAUUGGAGUGGAGCAAUUGAACAACAUUAGCUAGAUUGUGAUUCAUAUUUUUGUUAAGUUUUUUAAGUAAUUUGUUAAUUAGGAGUAAGUUAGUGUCAUCCGCAAAGUGAUAAGCAGUAGAAAAUUUAAGAGAAACAUUUAAAUCAUUGAUAAAAAUAAGAAAAAGUAAUGGACUUAAAACAGAGCCUUGCGGAACACCAUUAAAAGGUUUAGCUAGUCCUGAGUUGAUACCAUUAAUCGAAACAAAUGUUCUAUUACAAAGUAUUCUAUUACAAAGAUAAGAGGAAAACCAGAGAAAAGGAAUACCUCUUAUACCGUAGUAUUUCAGCUUUUCUAGCAGGAUUGUGUGCUCAACUGUAUUAAAUGCUUUUCUUAUGUCAGUAAAUACUCCACACGCAAAGUAUUUAUUAUCGAUGGCUUGUCUAAUUUUCUCUGUAAUUUCUAUUAACGAAUGAGUUGUUGAGUGUUUGUUGCGAAAACCGUACUGGUGUUUGUAAAUAAAUUUAUGUUUUUCCAAAAAAUGCAAUCAAAGCAUGCAUCAAAGUCUUAUUCGCUUACUGUAUCUAUCCCUGCAUGCUCUAAAAACUUUUAUUCAUCUAGUUUUUUUCCCCGCACUUUGAGCCUUUGGAAUUCUCUCCCGUUUUCAUGUUUUCCUGACUAAUAC